AUGAGUCUAAGACAAUUCCUGGUUCUGGGCGGCGUGCCCGCUGUCCUGAGCGCAGCUUGCUCCAUGGACUACACGAAGAACGGGCUCGUCUGGGGGGAUGCCAUUCGCAUGAAUCAGAUUCAGGUCGUGGGCACGCAUAACAGCUAUCAUGUUGAGGCGGAGGAGGAUGAGAAGCCCUUGAUGGAGAAGUUGAGUCCUGAUGUGAGGGAUCUGUGGUACGGGCACGAUAAGCUGGAUGUGCAGCUGAAGGAGCAGCAUGUCAGGAAUCUGGAACUUGAUAUUCUCGCGGACCCAAAAGGCGGUAACUACGCAAAACCUCUGAUCCGGAAACUGUCCAACUUGCCGUACAACACUGGUCCGGAAUACAACACCACGGCUACUAAGGUUAUGCACAUCCCGGACCUGGACAUCCACACCGUCUGCACGACAUUCACGUCGUGCCUCAAGAUCAUCAAGUCCUUCCUCGACGCUAACCCUCAUGUCGUGCCCAUCCCCAUCAUGACGGAGUUCAAACAGUCCGAAGCACUGGGCGCGUCUCUCGGCGGCGCAAAGCCCAUUCCGUGGGCGGACGCAAAGCUCCUUGACGGAUUGGACCAGGAAAUCCGCUCUGUUUUCUCACCAAAGCAGCUCAUCACGCCGGAUGACAUUCGCCGUCCGGGCAUGACGCUGGAAGAAUCUGUCCUGAAGUACGGAUGGCCGAAUCUGGACUCUGCACGGGGGAGAAUCUUUUUCCUCAUGGAUAAUGGGCCCGACGACGACGUCAAUAAGAAGUAUCUUGAGGGGAAGACGAACCUCGAAGGACGUGUGUUAUUUACAAACUCUGCGCCCGGAAAGGCAGAUUGCGCAUUUCAAAAGCUUAAUGAUCCUGUGACGGACGCAUAUGUCGCGAACAUCCAGAAACAAGUCAAAGCGAAUUACUGGGUUCGCACAAUGGCCGAUUCGGCGCUCGCCACGGUCAGGAACUGCACUACCUUCCAGAGGGACGGGGCGUUCAAGUCAGGCGCGCAGAUUGUGUCUUCGGAUUUUCCGGUCAAGGGGAUGAGUGAGCGGUAUGGGGGGUGUAAGUACGUGGUUGAGAUUGGGGACGGGAAGGUGGCGAGGUGUAAUCCUGUGAAUGGGAGGGCGGGGUGCGUUGAUAAGGAGUUGGAGUGA